AUGAAUGUCCAGUUUGCACAAAGAAAUCCUCCCUGCAACCUGGUUUUAAAGAACCUGUGUGAGACUUUCUUACAGGAGAGGAGUCAGAGACCUUCAGCGGGGUCUGAGGUACAGGAGAGGAGUCAGAGAGAUUCGGCAGGGUCUGAGGUACAGGAGAGGAGUCAGAGAGCUUCAGCAGGGUCUGAGGUACAGGAGAGGAGUCAGAGAGCUUCAGCAGGGUUCUGAGGGUACAGGAGAGGAGUCAGAGAGCUUCAGCAGGGUCUGAGGUACAGGAGAGGAGUCAGAGAGAUUCAGCAGGGUCUGAGGUACAGGAGAGGAGUCAGAGAGAUUCAGCAGGGUCUGAGGUACAGGAGAGGAGUCAGAGACCUUCAGCAGGGUCUGAGGUACAGGAGAGGAGUCAGAGAGCUUCGGCAGGGUCUGAGGUACAGGAGAGGAGUCAGAGAGCUUCAGCAGGGUCUGAGGUACAGGAGAGGAGUCAGAGAGCUUCAGCAGGGUCUGAGGUACAGGAGAGGAGUCAGAGAGAUUCGGCAGGGUCUGAGGUACAGGAGAGGAGUCAGAGAGAUUCAGCAGGGUCUGAGGUACAGGAGAGGAGUCAGAGAGCUUCAGCAGGGUCUGAGGUACAGGAGAGGAGUCAGAGAGCUUCAGCAGGGUCUGAGGUACAGGAGAGGAGUCAGAGAGCUUCGGCAGGGUCUGAGGUACAGGAGAGGAGUCAGAGAGCUUCGGCAGGGUCUGAGGUACAGGAGAGGAGUCAGAGAGAUUCAGCAGGGUCUGAGGUACAGGAGAGGAGUCAGAGAGAUUCGGCAGGGUCUGAGGUACAGGAGAGGAGUCAGAGAGAUUCAGCAGGGUCUGAGGUACAGGAGAGGAGUCAGAGAGCUUCAGCAGGGUCUGAGGUACAGGAGAGGAGUCAGAGAGCUUCGACAGGGUCUGAGGUACAGGAGAGGAGUCAGAGACCUUCGGCAGGGUCUGAGGUACAGGAGAGGAGUCAGAGAGCUUCGGCAGGGUCUGAGAUGCUCUGCAGUCUGCACGGUGAGAAAAUCAAGCUCUUCUGUCUGGAGGAUAAACAGCCUGUCUGUCUGAUUUGUCAAACAUCCAAAAAGCACAAGAGUCAUGGCUGCUGUCCGAUAGAUGAGGCUGCUCAGGACCAUCAGAAGGAACUGCUUCUACAUCUGCAUUGCUUGCUGUUUGGGGUUUUAGGCUGGGUUUCUGUAUAGCACUUUGUGACAUCUGCUGAUGUAAAAAGGGCUUUAUAAAUAAGAUUUGAUUGAUUGAACUGCAGACUGUCCUGAAGCCUUUACAAGAGAAGCUGGAGGUCUUUAAUACAGUUAAACUAAUCUGUGAUCAAACAGCUGAGCACAUUAAGAGCCAGGCCCAGCACACAAGAGAGGCAGAUUAAGGAGGAGUUUAAGAAGCUUCAUCCGUUUCUACAAGAGGAAGAGGAGGCCAGGAUAACUGCACUGAGGGAGGAAGAGGAGCAGAAGAGUCAGAUGAUGAAGAAGAUUGAGGAGAAGAUCAGAGAGAUGUCAUCACUUCCAGAUACUAUCACAGCCAUAGAGGAUGAGCUGAGAGAUGAAGACAUCUCAGUCCUGCUGAACUACAAGGCCACAAAGGACAGAGACCAGAAGACAUCUCAGUCCUGCUGA